GGAAGGACGAACAGACAGGACCCUGCACCAUUAUCGUCGUGUUCGUCGCCGUCGUCGUAGUCAUCGUCGUCUUAGCCUUCGAUAUAUAUUAUCGAGGUGUGCACGUCGACGAAGUAUCUUCGGCAUUCGAGUACAGUCGAACAAAAUAAUUAUUGACAUCAUUCGUACCGAUGAUGAGCUUUCAGUACGCCAUUAGUACUAGUGAUGCUUUUGAAUCUGACGACUAUCACCGUCGUUCCGCUCUCUAUAAAACAUAGUUGCAAACGCCACUUGUUGUUUUCACCGUCCGAAACCCCACUGCCACACGCGGUCAGCAUCCGUUUUGCAGGUUACAAUAUGACUGUCGGCAGUUGUUAGUAAUCGAAAACUUAAGUAAUGAGUACGGGUAUUCUGGUACAAGAGAAGUCAGUUUCCACAGACCCGGAGCAAUUGGAUGAUCUAGACCACGAAGACUAUCGGGUACAUCAUAUCCUGGCGACAUUAGUUAACCGAAAAGUGAUAUCCAUCAAGGCGGAUAUUUGUGAGACCAAACUCAAAUGGAGGAUACAGCCAAAAUUAUUAGUACAAAGAUUGGCAGAGAAAAAUUCAAAAAACAAACGGAAACUUGGCAGACGCCGAAAAGGUCGCUGCAUGCAUUCAUGUCAAAAACACCAUCACCACCAUCAUCAUCAUCAUCAUCAGCAUCGACAUGAUCUAGAUCACCAAUUAUUCCACCAUCAUCACCACCAUUGUGAUGGGAUCGUUCGACAAGAAGAACCUGUUAAAGUUGAAGAAUGGCCUCAGACUCAAAGACCUACUGUACCCUAUUUAGGUGGACACAUCCUUACCGCCGCAUUGCAAAGAUCCACUGCUGGUAUGUCAGAAGAAAAUCGACAUUAUACAGAGACUCAAAACCCAAAGACCCGGUUGAAAAGAAAAAUCCGGAGAACGAGAUUCGGAGAAGAUAAACAUAAUGUAAUGAGACCUCAUCCCGUACCUACAAUACAUCCAGACGACUUACCUCAAAGAGCGAGAUGGACAAUUAUCAUCACCGCCGGACUGUUGCUCAUCACUUGUAUGCUAUUGGUGGGCGUAACACUGAGAAUGGCACCAGUAAUUGACGAACUUGUUCGAAAUAAAAACGAAGAGUUAAUGAAUUCACUAGAUCGAGAAGAAUUUGCACCAUCAGACAAUAAUACUGAAUACAUAUAUAGAUAACACCUUUAAUAAACUAACAAAUUAUUAUUAUUAUUGUAUUAUAUA